ACGCGCACAGCGGGCGGUGAGCACGGUACUGUUUCAGCACCACCUUAGUGAAUUCCGUACCGUAUCCUCUCAUUACCGAGUCCUCCCCUGUCCCCGCACGGCGCUCCUCCCUAAUUCGGUGACCCCCCCCCCCUCCCCCUCCUACACCGGGUACUGGCUCCGGAACGGGAAUUUUUUUGUGUGCAGAGCCUGAUCCCUCCGCCAGCCUGAGCUCACAGCACCAGCAGAUCCCUCCGCGCUGAGCGCAUCCUGCAGUGGGAGAGCGGCCGGAGCCCCCCAGGUGAUAAGACCAUGGGAGCCUGGGGACUGAGCCUGGGGGUCCUGCACUGCCUGGGGGUCUACAUCCACCUCAGCCUGGGAGACAAAGACAGCGCCGCCGAUGCAUUGUUCACGGAAAUACCACAUGAUGCUAGCGCACACCCUGGAGAAGAUGUGGAGAUGGCGUGCUCCUUUCGCGGCAGCGGUGACAUUCCUUACUCACUGGAGAUCCAGUGGUGGUAUAUCCGAUCCCACAAGGACUGGGCAAACAAAGAUACCUGGGCAGACAGCCAGGUGAAAUCUCCCCAGGCAACCCAAGAGAAAGGAGCCACCAAGAUAAGUGUGGUGAAGGUAUUUGGAAGUAACAUAUCACACAAGCUGCGCCUGUCCAAUGUCAAGAUCUCAGAUGAAGGGACCUACGAGUGCCGCGUGUUAGAUUACAGCGAUGGGAAGGGGCGGCAGCAUCGCGUCAAAGCCUUUCUCCACGUGGAGCUGGAGGCAGGCCGCCGCGGCGGCGCUGCCUCUCACCGCCAACAAGAUACCAGCACUCACCGCCACUUUCAAGUGAAAGAGCUGAAAAAGCGAACGGCGGAGCCUUGUGAGGAAUGCCAGGUCUAGACUGUGGGAUCGGCGGGGCCGCAACAAUGAUGUACAGAGAAGUGCAUGAGAGGCUUCCUACCCAUCUGAAAAUCGGCAACUGUCUCGGACUGGAGUAGCGAGUGGAGAUCAGUGACUUUAAAUACGAAAAACCCCAUCACGUGAAAACGUACCUUUUUCUUGGUGAAGGGCGUUCAGGAUGCCCCCCGAUAGACUGUUAUCCAUAGGGACUAAGAUUGGGGCUUCCUCUGUCACCGUCCACCCAUUGCAACCCAUGUGAGGAUCUUCCGCACCCUUCACCAUGUACAUACCUUCUCUCAGACAAGAAUUCAUCCCGACCAACAACAUUACAGGAAAUAAAGAA